UCGCUUGCAUUCGAUUUUUCACUGCACGAGGAAUAUGAAUGAACGCAGACUCACGUCGACGGAAUGCACCCCCGUCCAUUCACUGCGCUGACGGAAUGCACCCCCGUCCAUUCACUGCGCUGGAUGACACGUCGACGGAAUGGACUUGUAGGGCGGAUCGUCAUGUCCUCGGGAGUGUCUCCACGCAGACACGAACCGGCUCUUGAGUUCAAACGACAGGCAAAGGACAUUGCGGCUCUCUCUCGGAUGGACCGCGAGGAUCUGAAGAAGCUCAUCACGGCAGAACUGAUGCCCUCUUGGUGCAAAUUCCAGACUUUUGAAAAGGUCGAAUGGAUUAAUCGGGAGCUGAAGGAGAUAUGGCCAUUUGUGUCGAAGGCUGCAUCGGAACUGAUACGAGGCCAGGUGCAGGAGACGUUGAACAGCUUCAAACCAGUUCGUGAUCAGGUUCGGGGGUUUACGCCGAGAAAAAAAGAAUGCAACUUUGUGAGCUUUGCGAGCUUUGCGCGUAACUACCAGAGCACCAACCGAAGCACCAUCCAAGCGCUCAACGUAAACCCAAACCUGAUCCCGAUCCUGAGCCUGAACAGAAUGCCGCCAAACCAGGUUCAGCAUCAGGUUCAGGAUCAGGAUCAGGUUCAGGAUCAGGAUGAGGAUGAGGAUCAGGUUCAGGAUCAGGAUGAGGAUGAGGAUCAGGUUCAGGUUCAGGUUUAAUGCGAGGUUUGGACGGUGGUUUGGCCGGUGGUUUGGCGAACUACGGCAGGGUAAAAUGCAAAUUUUUUGGGACCUUUGCUCGAGUCAUGACCGUCAAAGUGUUAUGUGCCUGAUUGAGACGAGAUACAGCAUGGCAUCCACGCGUUCCCAUACACAUGGGCAAUGACAAGAGAUCUUGGAGAGAGCAAUCCACACCAAACGAGACGAGGAAAAUACACAGCGGAAAGUUCACGAGUCACAACCCAAAAAUAGAGUCGAAUUUUUAAAUUAUUUAUUCAAUCAAAAUUAUCAAAUUCU